AUGUUCGUACACUCUUGCUAUUUGCAUGGACACCUCAUUUCGAAAGACCGUUGGGGAUGCUCAUCUGUUGUUGGAAACACUCUGGCCAACAAGACAAUAAGAGAGGCUAUUAGCGAUUGGUAUUUCGACCGAUCUUCUUUCCAAGUGAUCGAUACUGAAGAUGAUGUGCCACGGGACUGUAGCAGCACCCUCGAAACGAAUGAGUUCAACUUGAAUAAGCUCGAAAUGGCUGCUGCUGCUGGCCAAUGGUUACAAAUUAUAUUGUUCUUCUUUGCACUUAAUAUUAUAGUGAUGAUGAAUAAUAAAGUCAAUGGGUAUGGCACAAUGGUCCCACUUACACUUCUUUCAGAUGCUGUGGCCAAAGGAGCAGUUUGCUUAGAUGGUAGCCCAGCAGGUUACCAUUAUUUGGAGGGAUCUGGAAAUGGGGCAAAUAGUUGGCUCGUUUAUCUUAUGGGAGGGGGUUGGUGUAGCACAACGUUUGAUUGCCAGUCGAGAGUCCAAAAUUCGCCAAUGAUUUCCUCAACUAAUAACAUCGCAGCCGUCUAUUUUGAUGGCAUACUCAGCCCAGAUCAAACCACCAAUCCAGAUUUCUACAACUGGAAUAAAGUUUACCUACGAUACUGUGAUGGGUCGUCGUUUACGGGAGAUGUUGAAGCUGUUGACCCGGCAACAAACCUCCAUUAUAGAGGCUCAACGAUCUUUAGAGAAAUUGUUAAAGAGCUACUAACAAAAGGAUUGCAAAAUGCCCAAAAUGUUAUCCUUGCUGGCGACUCGGCCGGAGGAUUAGCAACUAUUUUGAACUGCGACCGGUUUAGGGCAAUGGUGCCCAAUGAUGCUAGAGUAAAAUGCAUUUCGGAUUCGGGUUUCUUUAUCCGAGCGAAAGACCUCCCAAAUGCAUAUCAAAGAGAAUCUUAUUUUGCCCAAGUGGUUGAGCUCCAUGUAUUGCUCCUUGCCUUAGUUCUAUAA